CUCGAAUGUGUUGGGAGUGUGGACAGUGGUCUGACCACCAUGAGCUGGAGUCCUGACCAGGAACUUGUCCUGCUGGUUACAGGUCAGCAAACUCUUAUAAUGAUGACAAAGGACUUUGAACCAAUUACUGAAAGGGAGAUCCACCAGGAUGACUUUGGGGAAGGAAAGUUCAUCACUGUUGGUUGGGGUAAAAAGGAGACACAGUUCCAUGGAUCAGAGGGCAAACAGGCAGCUCAUCGCAAGCAAAUGGAAGUGCCACCUGCUUCAUCCUCUGAUGAUGGCCGACCCCGAGUCACCUGGAGAGGAGAUGGGCAGUUUGUAGCAGUGAGCGCUAUUUGUCCACAGACAGGGGCCCGGAAGGUCAGAGUGUGGAGCAGAGAGCUGGUCUUACAGUCGACAAGUGAGCCUAUCCCAGGACUAGAACAAGCACUGGCCUGGAAGCCCUCUGGAAGCCUGAUAGCCUCCACACAGGAGAAGCCCAACAAACAUGAUGUUGUCUUCUUUGAGAAAAAUGGUCUCCUUCACGGGGAAUUCACCCUCCCGUUUCAGAAAGGCCAAGCCAAGGUUAACGAGCUGCUUUGGAACUUAGACUCUACGAUCCUGGCAGUUUGGUUGGAAGAUCUUAAGAAAGAAAAGAACUCCGAGACAAACACCUAUGUUCAGCUCUGGACAGUAGGGAACUAUCACUGGUACCUGAAGCAGAGCCUGCAUUUUGGCAGCGCUGAGAAAAGCCGGCUUGUGUCACUGCUGUGGGACCCUGAGAUCCCAUAUCGACUGCACGCUCUCUGCAGAGGAUGGCACGCCCUCUGCUAUGACUGGCACUGGAGCACCGACUGCAGCACUGGGGACGAGAGCCACCUUGUGGCCAACGUGGCCGUUAUCGAUGGAGAUAAGGUGCUGGUAACGGCCUUCCAGCAUUCUGUGGUGCCUCCGCCCAUGUGUACCUUCCAGCUCCAGCUCCAGCAGGCAGUGAACCAGGUCGCAUUCCACACAGACCCCACAAAGAGCGCAGACCUUGCUGUCCUCGACGCCAGCAACAGGAUCUCCGUUUACAGAGUUGGUGACGGCACUGUGAAAGACCCCACUGUUACAUUGGGAGGAAGUGGAUUUAAAGCUUCUGUGGAAACACCUCAUCUGGAAAAAACCUACAGAGUCGAGGUGUGCUGCGGCGAGGGCAAGCAGGUGAAUCCUCUGGCGUUCCGGCUUUUCACCUGGCUGCAGGAUGACACCUUCUUGGCAGUCAGCCAGGGGCAGCUUGCCACGCACUCUGUCAUCCACCAUCUGACUGAAGGUCUUGAGGCAGAGGGAGGGUGCCUACGUCUCCGUUUGUCUAUGCCUGUGGAUGGGGAUGUGAUCAGCCUGUGCUGUAAUCCGAAGACCAGAGCAAUAGCUCUGCAGCUGGCUGAUGGGCAGAUACUGAAGUACCUCUGGGGUGUGAACAUUCUGGAAGCCAUCCUGGGUCUGACUGAUAGAUGCCGUUUUUUCAUAAACGAUGUGGAGGUGGCUUCCAACGUUACCUCAUUUGCCAGAUAUGAUGAGUUUCUGCUGGUGACCACCCACUCCCACACCUGCCAGUGUGUAUCUUUGAGGGACACAUCGUUGAAAGUUCUGCAGGCAGGCUUCAGCAGCUCCUCUACUCCCAAAGAGACACUACGCAAGAUGGAGCGGGGCUCCCGCAUCGUCACCGUUGUACCCCAGGACACCAAGCUCAUCCUGCAGAUGCCAAGAGGAAACUUGGAGACUGUUCACCACCGAGCCCUCGUUCUGGCCCAGAUUCGGAAGUGGCUGGACAGGCUCAUGUUUAAAGAAGCAUUUGAAUGUAUGAGGAAGCUGAGAAUCAACCUCAACCUUCUUUAUGAUCACAAUCCCAAGGUUUUUCUGGAAAAUGUGGAAACCUUCAUAAAACAAAUAGAUUCUGUGAAUUACAUCAACUUAUUUUUCACCGAGUUGAAAGAAGAAGACUUCACAAAGACUAUGUACCCAUCUCCAGUUAGCAGCAACGUCCCGCUACAACAGUAUCCUGAUCAGAAAAAAGUAGACCUUAUCUGUGAUUCAAUGAGAGCUGCCAUGGAAAACAUCAAUCCUCAAAAAUACUGUCUUUCAAUACUGACAUCCCAUGUGAAGAAAAGCACCCCAGAACUGGAAAUUGCCCUUCAAAAAGUGCACGAGCUGCGAGAGACUGUUUCACCAGCAGCUGAGGGGGUGACUGCAGAAGCAGCGUUGAAGUAUCUGCUCUUCCUGGUUGACGUCAAUGAACUGUACGAUCACUCCCUGGGCACAUACGACUUUGAUUUGGUUGUCAUGGUGGCAGAGAAGUCUCAGAAGGACCCUAAGGAGUACCUGCCGUUCUUAAACACCCUCCAGAAAAUGGAAACCAACUAUCAACACUACACUAUAGACAAAUACCUGAAAAGAUACAAGAAGGCACUCUGCCACCUCAGCAAAUGUGGUACAGAGCACUUCUCUGAAUUUCUGAACUUGGUGAAGGACCAGAAUUUGUAUAACGAAGCCCUGAAGUUGUAUCCACCUGAUACUCCAGAACACCAGGCUGUCGGCAGUGCCUUUGCCGAGCACUUGAACCAGAAGCAUCUGUAUGAGCAGGCUGGACUGAUCUUUGCCCGCUGCGGUGCCUUUGAGAGAGCCCUCGAUGCCUUUCUGAGCAGUGGCAGCUGGCAGCAGGCCCUCUGCAUGGCCUCUCGGCUUGGUUACACGGUGGAUCAGCUGGCUGGUCUUGCAAGGAGCCUGGCAGGAAAACUAGUUGAACAGAGGAAACAUGCUGAGGCAGCCAUACUCCUGGAGCAGUAUGCACAGGACUACGAAGAGGCUGUGCUCCUGCUCUUGGAAGGGACCGUCUGGGAAGAAGCCUUAAGACUAAUUCACAAAUACAGCAGACUAGACAUUCUGGAGACCAACUUCAAACCUGCUAUCCUAGAAGCUCAGAGAAAUUAUUUGGUGUUUCUGGAUUCUCAGAAAACAACGUUCACUCGCCACAGAAAGCGCCUCCUGGUGGUUCGAGAGCUGAAGGAGCAAGCCCGCCAAGGGCUACUGGACAAUGAGACACCCAACUGUCUGGAGGCAGACCUUAUUUCCGAAACCAGCAGCAUCGUGACAGCCAGUGACAUGAGUGGCAAAUACUCGCACAGUAACUCGAGGAUAUCUGCCCGAUCCUCCAAGAACCGUCGCAAGGCAGAGCGCAAGCGGCACAGUCUGAAGGAAGGGAGCCCUCUAGAGGACCUGGCCCUUCUAGAGGCCUUGGGAGAAAAUAUCCGCACUACUGAGAACAUGAAGGGUGAAGUGCACAGCUUAUUAAAGGGGCUUGUGCUCUUUGGCUACGAUGAGCUGGCCAGGGAGCUGCAGCAGGCCCUGGAAGAGGCUUUGCAGUUGAUAGAGAGGUCACUCCCGGAAAUCUGGACCAGAGACCUGCAGCAGAAUCCUGCUAACCCAGUCCUGGGCCCCAAUUCAACUGCAAAUAGCAUUAUGGCCGCCUAUCAACAGCAAAGAAUUGCAGCUCCUCCAGUACAAGAUGCAGAACUUCUUAUUCCUCCAAAACUCAAUAAAAACAUCCAGUGGAAACUGAAUCUCUUACAGUAACCUGAGGCCAAGAAAUCCUGCUGGACACUCAAGUGUAGUUUAUUGUAAGCUCAUUAUGUCCCCUUCAUUUUGUUCUCUCUCUCUCUCUCACACACACACACACUCACUCACUCACUCUCACUUUAAAGAACAAGAGAGGUAGUCCCCAUCGAGAAGCCCUUACUGGUGCUGUCUGAGUUGGACAUCUGUCAACUCUCUUCCUCUGUCCUUUGGCAGCUCUGGUGCAUUGUCCCUAAGACAGUUUCCAAGCCAGCCUUCCUGGCUGCAGUACAUCACUGCUGCCAUGACAUUUCAGUCAUUUUAAAUAGCCCGGUUUUACCCUUUGGAUCCUGUAUCCCUAAUAGUCCAGCUGAUGCAUUUUUUAAGAAUGUUAAACAGAGCACCAGUCUCCCUGCUGCCCUGAGCUUUGUUUUACUGUUUAAAGUUGGAUGGCUGUUACAAGACAUUAGCCAAAUUCUGUCUUGUUACACCAGAGUCAAUCUCAGGUCACACCACUGACUGCAAUAGAGCUACUGUACUCUACGAAGCUAGGUCCUCAGCGCAUCUUUGCCAGUUUACACCAGCAGCAAAUAUGGCCCUAGGCUUACACUGCUGUACAUUAGAGCAGACUAUGGCACAUUGUGCUGUGGCAGAGUGAUUAUUGUACACAACUUCUCCUCUUACCAAAACAUAGCAGAAUAAAGAUGAUAUUGCUUAAACUGUA